AUGGCUCUGCGCGCUGUCGCCGAAGAUGGCACAAUCAAGGACAUCUUGGAGGCGGAUCUAUACAGGCACACUCCGUAUCGUUGGGUAUACAAUGAAGCACACAAUAUUGCUGUAAGAUAUCUCAAGUUUAACCUCAGCGAGCUUGUAGAAGCUGCCAUCAAAGUUGCUCACGACAAUGGUGCCCGGGCCUGUGUCGAAGUUCUUAAAUGUAAAGAGGGCCUGAACAGCAAAGCGUUCCUGCUUAAGAUGGACAAUGGGUCGGUGAUAUUUGCGAAGCUGCCGAAUCCUUGUGCUGGGCCGGCAUUCUAUACCACAGCAUCCGAAGUAGCUACGCGCACCUUCUUGCGCGAAGCAUUGAAAUUUCCUGUACCUCGGAUACUAGCAUGGUCUUCUAAUGCAGAAAACCCCGUAGGAGCGGAGUACAUCCUAGAGGAGCUUGCUUUAGGCGAACCGCUUUGGAAUCUCUGGCCGGACUUGGAAAAACUGCCUAUGAAGCCUCGAAUCGAUAUUAUAGAGCAGGUCGUUGAGCUAGAACGCAGCGUCGCACAGUUAAAGUUCAGCAGCCAUGGCUACAUUUACUUCAAGAAAGAUUAUCCCCAAGGUACCGACUUGAAAACAGGGGACCCCCCCGACUCAGCCAUACCCCUUGCCGUUCUCGAAGGGUAUUGUUUUGGUCCGUUAGUGGAGCGUGGCCUUUGGAAAGCCAAUCAAACCCAACCAAGACCAGAGUGCGGACCUUAUCUUAAUGCUCUCGAGUUCGUAAAAGAGAGAGGCAGAUAUGAAAAGACAUACGUGGAGGAACAUGGAUGUCAACGCAUGAACUACGCUCGCGUUCCUCGAGGGCUUGAGGACCCCCGAGAUAUGCUCGAACUACUGGACCGAUAUGAGAAGCUCGCAUUAGCUAUGAUCUCGCCCUCUGUUCCCGAAGAUCUGAAUGCGUCAACAUUAUGGCACCCUGAUCUCCAUCUCCAAAACAUAUUCAUCGAUCCCGCCACCAUGAAGAUAACAAGUGUCAUCGAUUGGUAA